UGGUUUGCGAGAAUGUUACGACAUCUGGAGGUCAAUGUAGUUACUCUUGUGGCAGAUAAGAAAAUACGAAUGCCUGAAUAGAUCAAGGAAGACCCACGAUCUUGAUCUUUCUAUCCCUCUACAACUGAAACGUGAGGUGGAAGUAUUCACUCUAGUUACCGGUUAGACAGAUGAUAUUUUUGGGCCUGACGGACUGGGAAGAUUAAUUACUGAGACCAAAUUUAGAUUUAGUACGUAACUAAAUCCUUGCGUCAUGAAUCUCACUCUUGCAUUUACUGCUCUAAGCAAUGUCGUUUGUCCAGACGAGUAGACGAGGAGAGUCGUCAAAUGAGGAAGAGUUAUGAGUGAAAUCCAUCCCUGCAUGUAAUUAAAGAUGCUAUACCGAGUGAUGAAUGGGUAUUGUUUAGUCUCCAAAAUAGUAUAUCUAUGUGCGAAUAUGUGAGACUCAUGCCAUGCCAUGCCGUGAAUGGAUACAUCAGUCAAUCAAUCAAUCAAUCAAUCAAUCAGAAAAUCUUGGUUUCCCUGUUUUUAAAAGGAAAACUACCGGAAUCCAACAACUUGUUCCCGAGCAACGUCUUGGUCCUCCCGUUUAUUUUCAAGAGGGAAUAAUUGAACGGGGACUGACAAAGAUGCACCUUUUUUUGGAAUUUUCUGUAGGUCUAAAAGAGAAACCAGAGGAUAGGCAAGCGCGGGAGGACAAAAUAAAGGAGGAUAUAAACGCAUUGGUAGAAGCAGACCCGGAGAAGCAAAAUUACGAACAACUGUUUUUUAUUAGUGCACUGUAAUAGAAGCAAAGGUUUGCACACUCACUCCAUGUUCUAGCGGUUUGGAUUUAGUAACAUAGGUACCUCCCCAUUCGUAAACGACUAAGAACCCUAGUAAGUGUAAGCCCUAGUAGGGUCCCCGCUAUCCCUUCCCCUUCGCCAGCCUAGAAGUAUAAAUUAUCUUCUAAACUUUUGUUUGGAUAGACAUUAGGAGACGACCACUUUUGCCAGAGGACACAGAUCCGUUAGUACUGGAAGCCUACAAAGACGCGGAAGCCUUCCAUUAUGGUUUUGGACUUUAA